AUGACUUCGCAUCCUCAAAACUCUCAAAGUGAAUACACAUUGAGAAAAAUGUAUGAAUUUUAUGAGGGACCAGUUUACAAGACUUCCAUUAUACAAGACACAACUAAACUCCGAGCAGAUCAUGCGGUACAAGAUGAUAAUGGACUGUAUCUUGAUGGACCAAAGCCGGAGCUGAUUAGUGUGGCACGGAAGACAGAGAUAGCCAGAGGAUCGAGACAGGAUGUAGAACAGGUUAGCAAAAUGCUGAGAGAAUACAAGAAGCUAGAGAGAGUGUGGAGAAGUCUAGAUAGAUACAUGAGUGAUACGAAUCAGAUGGAGAUGGCUGCUCUGUUUUGGCAUGAGAUCACAACUCCUUUCUACAUAGAGAUGGUUCCAGAGGCGAAUAAGAUUCUCCCUCGCUUCCUCCUCGGAAGCUUUUUCCUCGGAAGAAGAGGAGUCAGAAACUUCCUCUCCGUAAGUCCGAGUUGA